AUGGCACAAGCAAUGAUGAAUUCCGUGGAAAAUCGUAAUUAUAUUCCAGCUACCAAUGAAGGGUUAGGAUAUGCUCUACCGACAAUGCCUGACACGCAGGAUCCCAUCGGAUUUGAUCUGGGACUUUAUAACAUGCCUGAACCCAUGACAAAGGAAGAUAUGGGCAUCUUAACCACCACUUUGGAUGGCAUUGUUAACAUGCUGACUCAACUGAAAGAGUACAACACCAGUGAAUUUUGUUUGAUUCGUGGGAAAUUGUCCCGAUUAGAAGUUAAAGUCGCUAGAAUGGAAGAAAAAAUGAGAGGAUACGAGAAAAAUGAAAACACAGGAGCUGGCAAGAAAAAUGAAAACACAGGAGGUGCCAAGAAAAGUAAACAGACAGACCCAUGUUUCAUAUGUAAAGAAUUAGGACAUUGGGCUCCGGACUGUCCCAGAAAAAAACAGAACUUAUGCUACAAGUGUGGAAAUUUUGGACAUUGGGCCCAUCAGUGUACAGAUGACAGUAUGGAAUUAGUCAAAGAAGUCGAAAAACUGGAGAAAAAGGCACAAGAAAACAAGACCACCCAACAGAAGACCAGUCAACAGGAUCAAAAGCAGAUUAACAACAAGAGGAAACUUCCUACUACCCAGACGGAGAAGACCCUGAAACUCCAGAAGAAAAAGUUCCUGUGUCUGGUUCUUAUAUCCUCUUGCGAAGGUGUACGCAAAGUUGGACAAAUUCCUCUAAAUUCGGCGGCAUUUGCUAAUGUAUACGAAAAUCCAAAUGCUCGAUCCCCAAAUGAAAAAUACGACUUGCUUCUGUCAACAUUUUCGGGAAACCCAUUUGUUUCAGGCACCGUCAGUCUUUACCGUGGCAUAGGACAGCAGAUAAAAAAUCUAGGAAAUGUUCAGAAAGAAGUUCUUGCCAAUCGAAUGUCUUGGCCCAAUGAAGUAGCUGGAGUACCAGAAAGCGUCUUUGGGAAGCGUAUGGUGGUCAUUCCUGACGGAUUUCUAGUUCCGUUUAAGGACGACGGAUACAUAUAUAUUGUGGAUAUAUCCGGAACUACUCCCAAGGGACCGUACAAACUGACAGAUCAUACGGAGGGAAAAUGGUUCUACCACCGCGUGCUAUGGAAGGACAUGGAUGGUGAUGGCGAUUUAGACAUAGUCACGUGUAGGGCCAGAGAGCCAGUUUUCUCGAUUUUCUCAUCAAAAGAUACGGAGCUGCUCUGGCUAGAAAACCCGGACAAUCAUCAGUACACAACUCCAUGGAAACAACAUGUUAUCACGCAUGGGCCCGAUGUCUACUUUAGGAAUAUUAAGCUUAAUACGACAGAUGGGGAAUAUGAUGUCAUUGUUACGUCAGAGUUCUUUCCAAAGAAACUAACUAUUCAUUGGACGACAGACAGUAUGAACCGAUGGAAUGAUCUGACAAAGGUUCAUUCUAGAACAGUGGACACAACAGCUGGAGCAUUAUUUGACAUCGAGGUCAAUGACGUCAAUGGUGAUGGACGUAAGGACCUCCUAGUGGUUUCCAAUGGAAUGAACGGGAGUGUAUUGGUUUAUGAAAUUCCAAAAGAUUUCCGAAGGGACAGUUUCCCAAGACACACAAUAGCAACAAAUUUCGUUCCAAGAACCAAAGGCCAAGGAAAAGGUGCUCCUGGAUCGGCAUUCUGUAUUCGCUCUCGUGCAUCUGACAAAAGCACGCGACCAAUGAUACUGGUGUCUGGCGACGAUGAUGGACGAGCUUAUUUCCUAGAACCCAACAGUACAAAUGCCCUAGACUGGACUUAUACCAAAAACACGUUCCAUGACGCCGGUAGCGGAACAGUGGGACAAAUUGCCUUCGCAGACGUCGAUGGCGACGAUUUCAUUGACCUCUUUGUUCCAAACUAUAAUCUUAACGAUGUCUCUAUAUAUUCAUUUGCACCUUCUGAACAAACUGUUUUUGGUUAUAAAUGAUU